CACGACAGUUCGACGCCGGUCGCGCAGCCAGCAUGGCUAGCUCCUCGUCGUCGCGCUCUCGCUUACCGUCGCCCAGCUGUACUAGCGCCCAGGCGAUGAGCAAGCAUUCGCCGACGAGACACCAAGCGAGACGUAUCGUCGUCUGAUCCGUAUACGCGAUUAGCACGCGCUGAUGCAGUGUCGUUCUUCGUCUGCAUGACAUACGAGCGCGGGCACUCGGGAGAGAGAAACGAGAGGUGCCAGUGCUGCUGCUGCUGAUCGCAGUGGAGACGCCAGAUGCGCCGAGCGAACAUAACCUCGAAAGGGACACACACGUAGUGCUCGGGGAAGAUUGUUGUCGUUCUCGCGAGUGCGGAAGCUUCGCGAUUCGCUAUGAUAGACUGACUACGCGCUGCUAGUCGAGACGAGGACGGUUUCGAGGUUAGGUUGCCCGAGAGCACCCAGCACACAGCAGUGAUUCGCCCGUUCUAGCGGUUGUAUACAUCUUUCUCUCUCUCUAUCUCUCUCUCUCUCUCUCUCUCUCUCUCUCUCUCUCUCUCUCUCUCUGCGUCUUUUUCCCCCGCGAGUGCGCGAUUCGUUUCUCAGUUUUUCCGCUCGCUUUUCGUGCUCCGCGAGAAAGUGUACACACGACGAGACGAUAUCUACGACCGUGUGUUGACACUCGCGCGUGUGCGCGCGCGGCUGCAGGCAGGGUAAAGAAACUCGCAAGGCCAAACCGCUGCAUAAGUACACACACACACACACACACGCACGCACGAGGGUUUCGAUUUUUUUUCGUCAAUGCCCUCGUCCCCCCCUCGGCAGCGUCAUAAUCGUAUACAUCGAGAGUGUUUUCGUCGAGUGCGGUUUUGCAGAACUGUUUAUGCGAAGAGCUGUAUACUACUUACUACCACAUAACAAGAAGUAUUUUAUUUUUGUUGCGUCGACGAGUGAAGGUGAAGGAAUAGGCGCUUCCGCUUCUUUUUAGAGGAGAGAUUCGUCUGGCUCUCCUGGUUGGGAUCAUUCUGAAGAGGCUGCCGGGGAUCGUGCUUGCCAUGAGGUAAGCGGAUAUCAGCUAUGGUCCAACGGCGGCAACAGCAGCCGUAUUUCCGAGGAAGCAUCAGCAGCCGUCAACAUCAGAAGAAGCAAGCAAGCCAGCAGCAACAAGCCCAUCUUCCCUUUCGCGAAACCGGAUAACGUCUGAAUUGUUUUCGCGCGCCCGAGAAAAGUCUCGAGAUUAUAUACACGCCCCCCGUUUCCCCUAAUUGACAGGGAAGGGAGCGAAGUAAAUUCGCCCGAAGAAAUUUACCGAGAACAGCUGCAGGACACGAGAAGAAGCUUUAACAAAUGGUUCCUCCGUGAAACUACCUCUUCUCUCACUCUACACACGAUAUUUCUUCUCCGCUGGUUCAAUUUCCCGGGAACAAGGAAUCCUAGCGAGCCGAAAUUUCAAAUAGAGCAGCGAUGAAGACGAAAAGCUCGUAGCUGCUAAUACCGCGCGCGACAAGAGACAGCAGAAGAUAGCGAGAGAGCCGAGAACGCCGAGAGCUGGCAGCAGCAGAUGGGUUAAGGGAUACCGAGAUGGACUCGCAGGAACGAGGACCACUGCAGCUUAUUCUGGAAAACAAUGGCGCCAGUUUCGUCCUCAAAUCGCGAACGCAACAAGUGGCGCCGAGACGAUUACGUGCCGUAGCCAGUAGCGUCAUCGGGAAGAGACGACUGCAGCGCCGUCAGGGCUCCUAGUUUCGCGGACUCACACUGACAGGAACUCGAUAUGCCUGUACAAAUGUAAAUAACACAGUCGAAGAGGAUAUAUUGUUGUACUCGGCGUGCAUUUUUCUCGCGGGAGUGUGAAUGAGAGAAAGAAGAAGAAGAGAGUGAAGAGAUCGGGCUGGAGUGGAGAAGAAGAAAGUCCGAUUGGUGGGCGGUUAGCUUCGCGAUGAAGCUGACGACGGGCGAUGCGGUGGUGCCGCUGCUCGGCGCCAUUGCACCACGCUACGUCGUCAAACAGGCCACGGUCAAGAGGUGCGUCGCCGCCCUGUUGCUCGUCUCCAUGGCCAGUAUAUUCUACUACACGCACUACAUCAUCAGCAGCCCGUUGUCCAGCUUGAUCCAUCGAGACACGAGGCCGGAGCCUGCGAUACGCUGCUCGACGCUUAGGGGAGCGACGAGACUCCCCAAGGCACCGGACCACCGGAGCGAGGCGAGGCUCAGGAUUGAUCCGAAGGUGCUCGUCUUCGUCGAGACCCUGUACUCCAGGCUCGGCCGUGAGAUCGCCGAGCUUCUCGUCUACAACCGCAUCAAGUACAAGGUAGAGGUGGCCGGGAAGUCGCUGCCGGUGCUCACGAAUCUGGACAAGGGCCGCUACGGGGUGUUGAUCUUCGAGAAUCUGAACAAAUAUUUGCAGAUGGACAAAUGGAAUCGCGAGCUACUUGACAAAUAUUGCCGGGAAUAUUCGGUCGGCAUCGUCGGAUUUACGCCCCCGGGCGAGGAGAGCCUCGUCGGUGCACAGCUCAAGGGUUUCCCACUCUUUGUUCACACCAAUCUCAGGCUCAAGGAUGCCCAGCUGAACGCGGCGUCGCCGAUCUUGAGGCUGACGAGAGCCGGUGAGACGGCCUGGGGUCCGUUGCCUGGAUACGACUGGACCAUUUUCCAAGCGAACCACAGCACUUACGAGCCGCUAGCUUGGGCCCAUCGGGACAGUCUUGACUAUGCGACAAACAAGAGUCCGCUGGCCACGGUUAUGCAGGAUCACGGCAGAUACGACGGAAUCCAGCGGGUCUUUUUCGGCGGUGGGCUGAAAUUCUGGCUGCACAAGCUCCUGUUGCUGGACUCGCUGUCGUACCUCUCGCACGGUCAGCUCAGUCUGAGUCUGAACCGUAUGAUCCUCGUUGAUGUGGACGACAUAUUCGUCGGCGAGAAAGGCACUCGACUGAAGAAGGACGACGUGCUGGCACUGCUGGCGACGCAGCAGAGGAUACAGGCCCUGGUACCGGGGUUCAAGUUCAACUUGGGGUUUUCCGGCAAGUAUUUUCACCACGGGACGUCCGAGGAGAACCUUGGCGACGAUAUGAUUCUGGAAAACGUAGACAGAUUUACGUGGUUUUCCCAUAUGUGGAACCAUCAGCAGCCCCACCUGUACGAGAACGUGACGCAUCUGCAGCUGGACAUGGCGCUGAACAAGCAGUUCGCCAAGGAGUACGGGAUACCGACCGGAAGCGGCUACAGCGUCAGUCCACACCACUCGGGCGUCUAUCCCGUCCACGAGGGUCUGUACGAGGCCUGGAAAAAAGUCUGGAACAUCAAGGUCACCAGUACCGAGGAGUAUCCGCAUCUCAGGCCAGCCAGGCUGAGACGCGGUUUCGUUCAUCGUGGUAUUAUGGUAUUGCCAAGGCAGACAUGCGGUCUAUUUACGCACACAAUAUUUAUCGAGAGGUAUCCCGGCGGCCGUGAUAAGCUGGACGAGUCUAUCCAGGGCGGCGAACUGUUCCAGACUAUCGUUUACAAUCCGAUAAACAUUUUCAUGACGCACAUGUCGAAUUAUGGAAACGACCGGCUGGCGCUCUAUACGUUCGAGUCGGUCAUCAAGUUCAUCCAGUGCUGGACGAAUCUAAGGCUGUCGAGCGCACCGCCACUUCAGCUGGGAGAGAGAUACUUUCAGCUCUAUCCGGAGGAGAUGGAUCCCGUCUGGGGUAACCCUUGCGACGAUCCACGCCAUCAGAGGAUAUGGUCGAAGAACAAAACGUGCGACCAGUUGCCCAGGUUUUUGGUGAUCGGACCACAGAAGACCGGAACGACGGCUCUGUACACAUUCCUGUCGCUUCAUCCUGCUAUAAGCAGCAAUUUGCCUAGCCCCGAUACCUUUGAGGAGAUUCAAUUUUUUAACGGGAAAAAUUAUUAUAGAGGACUUGACUGGUACAUGAGUUUCUUCCCGGCGGCGAAGAACGAGAGCUCGCGCUACCUCUUCGAAAAGUCCGCGACGUACUUCGACGGUGAACUUGUUCCCCGACGAGCUCAUGCGCUUCUGCCGAAAGCCAAGCUCAUCACGAUACUCCUUUCGCCCGCCAGGAGAGCCUACUCUUGGUACCAGCACACCAAGGUCCACGGCGACGUCACGGCCAAGAAUUACUCGUUUCACUCGGUGAUCACGGCCACCGACACGGCGCCCAAGGCCUUGAGAGAUCUUAGGAAUAGAUGCCUGAACCCUGGAAAAUACUCACAGCAUCUGGAGAGGUGGCUGUCCUAUUACCCAGCCCAGCAGUUGCACAUAAUCGACGGUGAACUGUUGCGCCAGAACCCGAUUGAAACUCUUCACGAGCUUCAGAGGUUUUUGAAGAUAACUCCAACCUUCAAUUACUCAACGCACUUGAGGUAUGACCCGAAGAAAGGAUUCUUCUGUCAGGUGACAAACGAGGAUCGCACCAAAUGUCUCGGUAAGAGUAAAGGUCGCCAGUACCCACCGAUGGAGGAUAGGUCAUACAAGUUCUUGCAGAGGUACUACUUAUCGCACAAUACAGCCCUGGUCAAGCUCCUGAAGCGCCUUGGUUCGCGGACAAUACCGCAGUGGCUGAAGGAUGACCUCACAGACACCGUGAUGACCUAGCAAACGUUGCUCAAAUGAAACGUCAGCGAAUCCACGAUCGACGAGAUCAUCGUUGCUCUUGGCUCGAUCUUGCCGGAAGUGGAGUCCUUGUAAUUAAUUGUACAGCGCGCGUAAAUUAUAAAAAAAAGAAGCACUUCGCUGGAUUUUAUUUUCCGCGUUCGAUGGAGUAUUAUAAAUAAGAAAACAGCCUACACAGCGAGAGGAAAGUGAAAAAGGCCUAAGACAGAGCCGAACCGAGAUAAGGAGCAAACUAGUCACUAAGAAAUUCCGAGCGAAUACCGCGGCAGCCUAUUUGAACAAGAAGAAUAUUGAUGGUUGAUUAAUUCUACGCUAAUUAUUUCUCGCAACCUAUCGAUGGUUGAAUCAACCACGUAUUGUUGAGUGACCUCGUCUUUUCUAGUGCCAUCGGUCGCUUCGAUGACCACGACAACGUUCUCUGAUCAUGUUUGAGAAAUUCUUUUUCUAUUUAUAGAACGGCAAUACUUUUGCUUUUCGAUGUCUAUCAUUGGACCAGAGAUUUUAAUAAUAUACUUGUGAGGGAGAAUCUAAUGCGAUUGAGAGUGAUCUACUUAAAAUCGUCCAGAAUAAAUGUUGCGAUAAAAGCGUCUUUUGAACAACCUUUAGUCGUUGGACCAAAUUAGCCUACGAGACGUUUGUAUGUAUCCGUAAAUUCAUCUCCUUCAAAGAUCGCUAAAUUUUUGUGCAAGUCAUGGCAAAACGUUCAAUUGAGAAUGGAAAACAUUGCAUUAAUAGAACGAAAUUUCAAUUUGAGAUUGAAACGUAUAAUUAGAAAAUCUUGCUAGUGUGUAAUGAAUUAAUAUUAGUUCUUAGAAAAGUCUUGUGUAUGUUAACCAAUAACAUUGUAAAAUUAUACUUAUAUUGAUACAUGUUGUUAGUCUAUUUGUUUGAAUUAAAAUUUCAUUUUCUAAUAAAUGAAGUUAUUAAAUUUACAAAUGCAGUGUUUUGCCGUUGAAAUGCCUAAACGAACGUUUUCUGCAUGAUUUGCUUUGCUAUGUAAUAGCUCGAAAACAGUGUACAUCAUUUAAUCAUUGUUGUAUGUACAGUUUAUCAAAUUUAAGACGAUUGACGCGUCUCCUUGUAUAUUUUGACAAUACUGUUUGAGAAACGGAUGAUAAAAACUAUAAUGCAUCGGUAUAAGACGCAUUUAUUUGUACAUUGCUGUAAAGAUGUUAGUGUAUUGCCAGUGAUAUGCUGACUAGAAAAUAAGAGUUACGAUACUAUUGUAUUUGAGAAGUCAAAGAAGUUAUUUUUUUACUUCAUUUACUUUUAUACUUUCUUUUUUUGAUGAUUCAUAGUUCUUUGGGAACAGAGGAUCAGUCAUCCUAUUUAUUUGCGUAUAACUAUCUUUUGUAUAAUUUAUGUAAAAUAUACUUGAAUAACCUUUUAAAAUUUAGGAAUAGUCGAGCCGCAGUUAAACAUACCUUAACUCUAUGCUGUAUAUAAUAGCAUUUUGUUAUGCGUAAUUUAAUGUUCUAAAAUUACACAGAUGCCAUUGAACGGAACAAACUUGAGAUUAUUACUUAAAUAUAAAGUAGUGUUAAUCUUAUUUAUUUUAAUUAUAUUGGUUAUAUAGACGUUUUUGGGUAUAAAUAUUGUGAACUUCUUUGGCUGCUCGCUUGUGACGUUUUUCUAUGAAAAUGUAAUAUGAAAAGAAGCUAUAAUUAAGGGCAAUAAAUGCACUUAAGAGCUCAUUUGCAAUAUGAUGAAAUCUAAAUCGAUGAACUACGCUCAAAUAGACGAACUCACGGAAAAAGAGAUUUUUUCAAUGUGACACAACAUUAACAAUCGCUUUGACUACACAUAAAGGAAAAUGAUAUUUUCUUAAUGGUCUGGAUGUGACUGAUAAUUCUAUGAAAAAAUGAUACAAAAAAUUACAGAAUUAACUCGGUUCAAACAGCAACAUUACAGAGCACAAACGUAAAUCUCUCGUGGAAAAAAAGGAACAAAAAUAAGUAAUUCAUAUCAGGCCGAUUUUUGUGGCGUUGCGAUUUCUACGCAUUUACAAAAGAUUUUUGUCUGCCUUCUUGCAUGUUUAAUCAAAUUUGUAAGAUUUUAUUAUUUUUUAACCGGAAACUAGAAAUAAUUAAACUGUCAAUUGCAAUAUACACAUGUGAUAUGUACUUCACUUGUACUUAAAAUAGCAGUCAUCUUCAAUUCUGUAAAAAUUAUCACAUAGAUUAGUUUUGGAAUGUCAACCCCAAUUAAUUGUAAGCGUGAUAUCAUUGUGGCUAUUUUUAUAUUUUCUUUUAUUUAUGAAUAAUUAUUUAAUCAGCUAGGUUAAAAAUACUGACUUCAAAAUAUUUAGUGAAGUUUAGUACUUAACAAAAAUAUUAUAUUUUAUGAUAUUCGUUUCUUAAGAAUUAACUAUUGAACAGUAGUUAAAGUCUUUAUUUUUUUACUUACUUUUAUUUGUAAAUUUAUACGUAAGAAUUGUAAGGUAUGUUCCGCAAAAAUGUUUUCGUAGGUUUAUACGGGUCUAUUAUUUAUUAAAACUAAUUCAAGAUGACUGUUAAUUUAAGUCUGGUACGCUGCAUAUGAUUUUCCAAUGAUUUGUGAUCCAAAGGCAUAUCAAAGUCUAAGCCGAAUCGUGGACUUAUACUUUCUCGCCAUGAACACAACGAAACAAUUUUGUUCACCUACUACUGAAGAAUCAAUUGUCAAACGCAGAAUGCAUCGCUAAACUCACUUGUAAUUCAAACGCAUCCACGUAAAAUUAAAAUGCAUUAUUAUUGCCACUGUAAAUUACACCACUGAUUAGAACAAUUUAGCAACAUGAUAAAGUGUAUAAACACGAAAAAAACGCCUGUCUCAUUGUUCAUCCAGUAUGCGCGCUAAUGUCCUUUUCAGAAUGCGUGUUGACACCCACCAUGCCAUAAUUGAAUGUUACGUAUACGUAGGAUCUAUUAACGUUUUUUUGUUAUUACGUUUGUACAUUUGUUUUCCUUUUUAUACUGUCGUUUGUGCCGCAUGGCAGAUUAACGAAUCAUGUACAAAGUUCAUUGUUAAUAUAAAUAAUAAUAACUAUGAUGAUAACAACAA